GGGAGCAAAGAAGGAGGAACUGGCGUCAGGGGAUGUUACUGUAGAAAAACGACAGGCAGCGUCAUCUAAAAGAGGCGGCAGGCAGGCAGCUAAAGAAGCGCAGAAGUCAGAUGUAUCUGAUAAAAAGACGGCAGCAUCAAGAGGGAGAUCACGAGGAGGAAAAGAAAAAAAGAAAGAGUCCGAAAGUGAAGACAGUGAAGAAGAUGAUAAAAGUGAACAAGAGGAAGAAAGUGUGCCGAAACGAGGAAGAGGGAAGUCUUUGUCAGCAGCCCGGAAAACAAAGGUUGAACAAGAUAGUAAGGCAGCUGUGACAGGUAGCGCUAGAGCCAGAGGCAAAACCGGGCGGGGUAGUCGGGACACAAGGAAAGAGAAAGGUAAUGUUGAAGAAGAUGAAGAAGAGCAGGAUGAAGAGACAGAUGAUAGUACAGCUGUAAGAGGUAAAAGUGUUGGGAAAAGAGGUGGUGCUAGGCAGACCAGUAAAGCAAGUAAGAAGGAAGAGAAUCAGGAUCAGACAGAAGAGGGUAGACCACAAGGAAGGGCAGGGAGGAACAGGAAAGGAGCAAAGAAUACUGACAAAAGUGUGGAUGCAGAAAAUAAUGAAGAGCAAGAAUCGGAAGAGGAAAAUCAAGUUGCGGUGAAAGGUCAAAGAGGAGCCAAGGCUGCAAAGUUGAUUGAAAAGGAUGCAGUUGACAAUAACACUGUUAAAAGUAAAAAUAGUAAAGCAAGGGGCAGAGCUGCUGUUUCAUCUUCUAGAGGUGGAAGACAGACCACAGCAAAUGCAGCGAGCACAGAGGAAAGUGAAGAAAUGGAAACAGUGGAAGAGACUGAGGCAGCUGAACUGAAAGGAGAAAAUGGGAAAGAGAAAGAGGCUGAAAGUGCAUCAUCGUCGACAGUGAAAAGUUCAAGGGGUAGAAAGGGCGAAUCAGCUGAAAAAUCAUCUUCAAGUAAAGCCUCCACGAAAGUGGGUGUGGCCUCCACCUCCACUGCAUCUGGCAAGCAAGCUAAGAAGUUAGAGGCUGAGCCCAUGGAAACUGAGGAUCAGGACACAUCAGCAACGACAGAGACUUUCCGGGAGAAGUCACAUGAUAGUGAAAAAGCAUCAUCAGAAGCUAGUUCUGCAAGCAAGCACAAGCUGGGAGAUGAUCAAGAGCAUACCUUAAAGCGAGCGAGGUUGAACGAAGAGUCAGAGUCCGUUGGCAAGGCUGGGAACUGUAAUAUGAGCAGCAAUGCUGAUGCUGCUGGAUCUAACAGUCAAGAAAUUGCAGAUUUACAGCAGCCAGCAGAAACAGAUACUUUGUCACAGCCCACGACUCCUGAAGACACAUCAUAUGAAGGCCCUAGGAUUAAUCCCUUUGUGGCAACUCCAGGCGUCCCUUUUAUUGUCCCUCUCACAGAAGCAGAGUUGGCAAAGCAGUAUACAGUGCAACAGAGGGAUAGAGAUGAGACUUCAUCCAUCUUGGUAGAGGUCGGCAGUGAAUGUGCUUCAGAUAUCACCGGUUUCUCCGCUCGUGGAUUAGAUGUCAGCGACAUGGGCUCCUUAGAUUCUAUGGAUGUGUCUCAGAUAGAAGCUGCAUCAGAUCCAUCACAAGAUGCAGUUUCUGCUGCAAAUAAGUCAGGGAUUUUGCAAAACAGUACUUCUGGUACAGCGUCUGAAGAUUCUCAGUCUGCAGCAGUUUCACAGUUGCCAGCAGCAGCCAGAUCUGAUUCAGCUCAGUCACAUCCAUUUUCGGGUAUACUUGAAGUACACGCAGAGACCACAGCUUUAGACAGUGUCUCUAGCCAGGAUGUAUCUGACAUAUCACCAGCACACAGUCAGAAUGGUACAGUAGAGGUAGCACCCAGUUCAAGAUCUGAUGCAGAAAAUUUAGUUUACGUACCUUCCUCUACUGCCAUUGACAGUCGUAAAUUGAUUUUGAACCCAGCCUUCCCUGUUGAGGACCUUGACCCUGCAUUUUGUUUCAGUGUCGUCAGCUAUAACAUCCUGGCAGAUUGUCACUUGCGCAGGUAUGACUACUCUUACACAAAGCCACAGUUCCUUGACCAGAAAUACAGGCACACACUUCUGCUGAAGGAGCUGGACUAUCUGGAUGGAGACAUAGUCUGCAUGCAGGAAGUCAGCCCCACUUACUACACUCAGCUGUUGCAGCCAGAAAUGAAGAGUCGAGGAUAUGACGGAUAUUUCAUCAAAAGAACGAAAGAUUUUUGGGAUGAAGGGGAGGCCACCUUUGUGAAAACAUCAAAGUUUGAAGUCACAUCCCAUCAGAGCAUAUCUCUGGCAGAUCUUGCAUUCAAGGAAGUAGAUGAUAGCGGACUCAGUGAGGACAUCAGUAAGGCAGCAAAGAAAUAUCUAGACCGAGCAGAUGUGAUUUUGUUGACUGAGCUGAAGUGUAAAAGGACCGGCAAAACUGUCAAUGUGUGCAACAUUCAUGUGGUUUAUGACCUUAAGGCUCUGGACGUCCAGUGUAUUCAGGUGGCCUGUGCUAUUAAGCAGCUUGUGGCGAAGGCAGGCAAUGAUUCCUGCCCUCACAUUAUCUGUGGGGACUUCAACUCAGAAGUGACCAGUCCUGCCUACCAGCUUGCCAAGGAUGGCUAUCUUUCAGAUGACCACAUCCAUAAACUGCAGUCUUUACAGAAUCUGGAAAUUACUGAUGAAUCUUCCCGUGCUUUAGUCCACCACAUGUGGAGGGCUUUCCAACACACCUCGUCCAAUUUGAAGAGUGCUUAUGAACAAACACUGGGAAAGGAACCACCUGUCACCUCGUUCACUAAAAUUACAAAUGCCACAUUGGAUUACAUUUUCUACUCUGCUGCAUCUCUGGAUGUCACUGGUGUCUUGGAAACUUUGGAUCGCCCUGUGGUGGAUGCCUCAGGUGGUCUGCCGUCUGACAGCAUCCCCUCGGAUCAUCUCUCCUUGAAAACUGUGUUCCGCUUGAAUGACUUUAAUUACCUUGACCUUGAUCUGUGA